GCUGCGAGCAGGGAGCUGCGUGCAGGCGGGCGAGCGGGCGGCGGCGGCGGCGGCGAGGUCUGCGGCGGGCGCGGGAGCGGGAAGAGCGGCCACCUCCUCAGCAGCCAGCCCCCAGCGGUGUGAGCCCUUCGUCGGGACCGCGCCAAUGCCUGGUCCGACCCAGACCCUGUCCCCCAAUGGCGAGAACAACAACGACAUCAUCCAGGAUAACGGGACCAUCAUUCCUUUCCGGAAGCACACGGUGCGCGGGGAGCGCUCCUACAGUUGGGGAAUGGCGGUCAAUGUGUAUUCUACCUCGAUAACCCAGGAGACUAUGAGCAGACAUGACAUCAUCGCCUGGGUCAACGACAUAGUGUCUUUAAACUACACAAAGGUGGAACAGCUCUGCUCAGGGGCGGCCUACUGCCAGUUCAUGGACAUGCUCUUCCCCGGCUGCAUCAGUCUGAAGAAGGUGAAGUUCCAGGCGAAGCUGGAGCACGAGUACAUCCACAACUUCAAGCUGCUGCAGGCGUCCUUCAAGCGGAUGAACGUUGAUAAGGUGAUCCCGGUGGAGAAGCUCGUGAAGGGGCGUUUCCAGGACAACCUGGACUUCAUCCAGUGGUUCAAGAAGUUCUACGACGCCAACUACGACGGCAAGGAGUACGACCCCGUCGAAGCACGGCAAGGCCAGGACGCAAUCCCUCCCCCCGACCCUGGCGAACAGAUCUUCAACCUGCCCAAAAAGUCGCACCACGCCAACUCCCCCACCGCAGGUGCAGCUAAGUCAAGUCCGGCAUCUAAACCAGGCUCCACACCUUCUCGCCCCUCAUCAGCCAAAAGGGCUUCAUCCAGCGGCUCGGCAUCCAAAUCGGACAAAGAUUUGGAGACACAGGUCCUACAGCUUAAUGAGCAGGUCCACUCGCUGAAGCUGGCCCUGGAGGGCGUGGAGAAGGAGCGGGACUUCUACUUCGGGAAGCUGCGGGAGAUCGAGCUCCUCUGCCAGGAGCAGGGCCAGGAGAGCGACAGCCUCGUGCAGCGGCUGAUGGACGUCCUCUACGCCUCCGACGAGCACGAGGGCCCCCCCGAAGAGCCCGAAGCGGACGAGCAGGCGCACGAGCAGCCCCCGCAGCAGGAGGAGUACUGACGCCUGCGCUGCCCACUCCCUGUCGCGUGGGGACUUUGCUCCUGGAGAAUUGGAACGUGGUGGCCUCCAGCGCCACGGACUGCGGUCACAUCGACGCACGGGCGCUCCGUCCGCAGCUGCGCUCCGUCCCUUCUCCUUUGCCAAGACCCAGAGCAGCCGCUGGCCGCCCCAAGCGCCCGGCACAGCCCUCCGCUUCGCCACCGGGCCGCGGGAUUGGUUCCGUCUCCUCAUUUCCUCCCAGAACAACCCCCCCCCCCACCGCCACCCCUCCCCCUGGUGUGAAACGAUGGUAACUUGAUAUUUGGUAUUUAUAUUGGCAUUUCUCACCCCGUGUCACUAGAUGUCACACACAGUGGUGCUUUGAUGUUUGCGAGUCUAACCUCUGACAUGAAUCUGGUAAAGUAAUAAAUGGGACAAAGGGAAAGAGAUUGACAUGAAAGCCAUAACGACAGUGACUUGUUUCCGAGGGACAACACGGAGCCGUGGCUCCCUCUGCUCACGACACGGAAGGGAAGGGAAGGGAAGGACGGAACAGAGCUGGGCCCUCGCCGGUCAGGCCGCCACACCUGUCCUGGUGGUUUUUCCUCGAGUGACCGUCUCUAGAAACAGUCUCCCCUUGGCCGCCAACCGCCUGCCCCGCCCCGACCCCCACCCCGGUUCUCAUGCGUUUUCUUUCUCAGGGUCCCCUCGGUGGGCAGCUGCCCCCGCAGCCGUCACCAGCUCUGCGCCCCGAGGGCUCUGCCAGGUCCCCGGCUCCAGGGUGGGGUGCAGCCCCGAGGGCGGGAUGCCACGCACCUGCUGGAGGGAGGACCUCGUGAAUGGGGUUGGUUCACGGAGCGCCAUGGCCGAGGUUGAGGGAACCUUCUGGAAGAGGAAUUCCCCUUCAUACUGCAGCCUCCAUGCCAUGGCCCUUUGCUAGCCCGGGGGGUUCAAAACCGAGGAAACAUUGAUGAAUUAGAAGCAUUCCUUUUCUUUUUUUUUAACUAAGAUUUGCACAUUUUGUGAGUAUCUUUCCAAAUCUUUGCCUCCCUUUUUCUGAGAUGGUUUCCCUUCCCGGAUCAUUCAUUGCACUCGGUUCCUAACUUUAGGUUUACCUUCACUUGGUAUUGACCUGGCAGGUGCAACCAAAACAGCAAACAAGUGUGCCCACCCACUUUCCUCUUCACUGAAAAGCUUACAAUAAAUUUCUCAACUGUG